UCUAAUAUCCUUAUUCGUCGAUUUGGUUCAUCACUUCCUAAUCUCCUGUUGUUUUAUAAUAGCAUGGGGAAUUUAUUGAUAAAGACAACUUCUACCAGAAUGACCAAUUACCAUCAGCAUAACCUCAGGUGCUUCCACCCCAGAUAAGGUGGUAGAGGAUGUUCUUAAGAAAGUUUUCGAGAUCAAGCGCCAAGAAGCCCUGCAGGUGGCAUAGACGUAGAUGCUUCGUUGUAAAUAUAUAUUCUGCGUCAUGGGAACACGAGUUAAUUUCAUUGGCAAGUUAUUUUUGUUGUACUAC